AUGCCCCUGGGCAUGAACUGCAAGCCCUGGUACAAAGACAAGCUACCCUCCAAGUGUUUCGCAAAGCACAAGAAGGCACUCCUGAAGUUCCCCACAUCCCUCUACAGCCGGUGGUGGGUAUUUGUGAAAGAGGGGCAGGACGACUUCCGGAAGGGCUGCCCACCUUGUAAAGAUCUGAUCACUCGAGGACCUAAUGAGGGCUUUCUCCCCGUGAUUGCUCACAGAGUUCCCCAGCAUGCCCCCCCAAAGAAAAAGCUGCCCAUGGAAGCAGAGGUGUUCUCCACGCUUUCAUCAGCCCAGCAAGCACAGAAGGCAUUCGUGGAGGAAAUCGAAGCCCACCUAACCCAGCAUCCCUUGGCGCUCUACCUGAAGCUGGAGGAAGAUCUACCUGCAGACCUCUUAUUAAAGGUGCUGGAAGUGCUCGAUCCUGACAGAAAGCUGGAGGACUUGUGGGCUUACUGUCUGGGUCCCAAGGGAAAGAAGAAGUCCCCCAAAAAGCUUCAUAAAAAACGCCCUGCGACGGUCCAGCUGGAACCUGUCAAGGAGGCUCCCGUGUCACACCCAGCCAGUUUCUACUUUGCAGACAAGAAGUCAAGCAGAAAGGAUUCACUCACUGAUUCAUCUUUUGAUAACAAUGUACAGAAAGGAAUUCGGCAAUUCUGCAAAUGGGUUUCUACUUUUGGAGACUUGGACACUGACAAACAGUUCAUCAUGAAAAUGUGUGAGGUGGGCUGCUACUGCCCAGCAACCCAUGGCAAAGCCCACAUGGAGGAAGUAUCCCAGGUUUCUUCAGAGGUAAAGUUCGGCAUUGGUGUAGGUAAAAUGGAGGCAACAAAAUACUCCAUGGAGGAACAAAACUGGGAGAGGAAACUCCAGAAACCACACAAUCCUUAUAAACCUGACUGGGUGAAGAUAAGGUAUGGUGCAUGGUACCUGCGGCCCAAGUUGUGGAAAAAGCUAAUAAAUGACGAACCUUUGAUUGAUCCCAAGGCCUUACUUGGAGGUGGGAUUUUUGGAAAGAGGUUUCCUGAACAGGACAAUCUUGAAGAUCUUUAUGGAACAAUUGCAUUUAAAGAUUUCAUUCUAAGCAAGGGCUACCGGAUGCCAGACAUCCUUGAGAGGUUGUUCACCAGGAAGGGAUGGAAAUAUGAUUCUGUUAAGACUCCUAUACACAAAGUGAUAAAAAUCAAGUUAAUUAGAGUAGAUGCACGGGAAGAUGCUUAG